CCGGUCGCAGCCCUCUCCGAAGCUUUCGGCUGCCGUCGUUCUGUGUAGCCCGGAGACGUGACGCCUCCCGCUUGGCGAUGGGAGGAAGCCGAUUGUGACAUUCCCCUCGCUCCCUGCCCGCCCCCUCCUCCCGUGCCCGGGCACAGCGGGCCCCUCCAAGCCUGUCGUCGGGAUGGAGGAGGAGAGCAUGGAGGAGGAGGGGGGCGGCGGCGGCGGUAGCGGUGGGGGCGGCGGCGGCAGCCUCAGUAGUAGCAGCAGCAGCUACGAGGCCUUAAUGGACGACCAGAACCACAACAACUGGGAGGCGGCGGCGGCGGCAGCAGCAGCAGGAGGGGGGAGUUACGGGCAGCCGCCGCGGCCUGCCUCUUCUCCUUGUCCCGGGGAGCUCCGGAGUGCGUGUCCGCUGCCGGCCCAGGAGGAGCUCGAGAUCCACAUGAUGUCCGAGGCCGCCAACGGGCGUGGGAAGGGCUGCGGCGCGCCGGGCAAAGGAGGGGCCGCUGCCAGCAUCAACCUCAACAUCAACGCCUCGGCCUCCAAGUUCUUAAUGAAUGUUAUAACGAUAGAAGAUUAUAAGAGCACAUAUUGGCCGAAGUUGGAUAGUGCCAUAGAUCAGCUUUUAACUCAGAGUCCUGGUGACUAUAUCCCCAUCUCAUAUGAACAAAUAUACAGUUGUGUGUAUAAAUGUGUGUGCCAGCAGCAUUCGGAACAGAUGUAUAGUGACCUAAUAAAAAAGAUAACUAACCACUUAGAGAGAGUCUCAAAGGAGCUGCAGGCCAGCCCUCCAGAUCUCUACAUUGAAAGGUUUAACAUAGCACUUGGUCAGUAUAUGGGAGCAUUACAGAGCAUUGUGCCUCUUUUCAUAUAUAUGAAUAAGUUUUACAUAGAAACCAAGCUUAACCGAGACUUAAGAAAUGACCUUAUAAAACUGUUUACGGAACAUGUUGCGGAAAAGCACAUUUACAGCCUGAUGCCUUUACUUUUAGAAGCCCAGUCUACGCCUUUUUGGAUAAACCCUUCCACGAUGGCAAAUGUUGUCAAAGGAUUGUAUAUGCUGAGGCCAGAAUGGGUUCAGAUGGCACCAGCCUUGUUUUCUAAAUUUAUUCCAAACAUCCUCCCUCCUGCUGUAGAAGCUGAACUUGAGGAAUAUGCUGCUCAAGACCAGAAACUUCAACAAGAACUUAUUCAGGAGGGAUUUUCAAGAGGUGACCAGUCACGUAAAAGAGCUGGAGAAGAAUUAACCUACAAUGGUUCAACAUCAUGUGCAAGCUCAAGAGGAUGCAGAUAGUGACUGUACUAGAAGUAUUUUAUUCCCAAUAGGAGCGGACACUGGAGCGGUGUUGGAAAGGAGGGUAUCCUGAGGCUCGAUUCAGCUCUACUGAUACUCAGGUUCUUUGAUGCAAGCUAUACCUAGAAGAGGAGUUUGGACUUAUUUCUUGCCAUGUAAUAAAAUGUCUGUUCGCUGCUAUUUUGGGGCUAACUUGGAACAAUGUGACCAGUCUUGACAAGUUCUUCUUUGGCAAUCCUGUGAGGAAUAUACCUUUUUGUUUUUUAAAAAAGACCAUUGCUUACUAAAACUUGGUAGCCAAAAAGAGCAGCUUCCUCUGAAAGAAACUUUUGCACUUUUUUUUAAAUGUGUGGACAUUGCGGAGUUAAAAGUCUGUGCCCAUUAGGUUUUGUCCAAAACUUUUACUCAAUAAACAUUGAUCACAUGGCAGUAUUUCUUUCUGCAAAACAGUUUGCCUCCAAGAGUCGGUGUCAUGCAAUGGACUCUUCACAUUCCAGAUAUAGUUCAGCUCCCUCUGCUUUAUAUUACACAUGCUGCAAAGUUACAAGAUCUUCCUACUCACCUUGAUUACAUUUAGGAAAAUAAGCUUCAGAAAACUAAUUUUUCCUUGCUCCAUCUCACACAAGAAGUAUUAACACAAAUUUAAACAUUGAUUCUGUUUUGUUGGCUCUGUUAAUGAUUGCAGAGAAUUAAAACAGAAUGCCAUUCCAGCAUGUGGUUUGGCGAGAGAUUUUUGGCCAGGUUGUCCGUUCAUGUCUGCUGUAUUGGCUUGUGGCAGUACAGAGAGAUAUUUGCUCUGAUUUUAAAUCACCAGUUCAUGGAAUACCUUGGUAUUGGGCUGCUAUGAUAGAUUUAAGAGUUUGGGGUGAAACUUUGCUUGUACUUGUAGCUUACCUCUGGGCAGCAAGGUACUUGAAGUCAAUUUUUUACAAUCAUUGCUUGUACCAUUUCAGAAGGCAAGUGGAAUUGCAUAUUUAAUUCACACAUUUUUUUAAAAAAAAAUCUCAACUCUGUUAAAGCUUGAACGUAAGUUUUUAAUAAUCUGCAGUAGUUUGCACUGCCUUAUGGGUAUCAGUUUAUCUGCAGCAAUAUUUCUUCAUAAGGGAUGAAUCUGGAUCCCGGCUUUCUAUUUCUGGUCUUGAAUCAGAAGCUAAUCACAAGGUGCUAUUUUUUCAUGUGUUCUUUGUGAAGAAGCACCAUGCAUGUGGAGGUACCUAGGGGAUCCUCUCCUCUGUGGAUGAAUUUGCCACUGAGUCAAUAAAGCCAAACUGGAUGCAGCUGUGCCGAGAAGUUAGUGCUCAGGAGAAGCCCAGCUUGAAUGAGUAUUUAAUGUAAGUCUUGUGCCCAAGGAAUGCUGUGGAGGGGAAACUUUUGCAUGCCCCCGCUUAGCUUACAUGGCCAACAGAGAAUCCUACACCGCUUUAAAAUGUCAUUGAGUUGGACUCAGAGAUGUGUCUAUGGUGUGAAUGUAAAAACAUAUUAAAUAAUAAAAAAUAAUACUUGAAAAGCCAGUUGGUUUAGCAAGAGGAACAAAAAAUACCAUGUCAAAACCCUUUUGACACAAAUGGAAACAUCUGGAUUCUUAGUUUGGACAAAAAUUGAUGCACCACUUCAACAAAAAUGUACCUGUAGGUGUGGCACAAAACAUCUGUUCUAUUUUUUACAUAAGUUGUCCUCCCCUCGCCCUUUUGCUUUGUAAAUGAAGCCAUCUCUGAUUUAAUACAUUAAUUGAGUAUUCCUUGCAGAAGUGGAAAAGACCACUCUAAUGAAUCGUAAUCCCCAGGAGUCGCCAGUAUUAACUUUAAAAAAAUCCUUGGUUGUUCUGGGCUUAUGUUUUGAACAAGAUAUGAUGAAAAUAUGAGAAGAGGGUAUAGCUUUUGAGCAGACUCUGCUAGGGAGAGUCCUUAUUGCUUCAGAAAUAGUGGAUUUCCAAAGGCCAGUUGUAGUGGUUUCAUCCCCAAGAAGAUGCUUAAUGUAAGCAGUGGGUAGUUGUCAUCCCAUUCUAUGUCGAUAAGUAUAUAUUUGCACACUGAGUUCUCAAUCACUGAUUGUGAUGUAUGAAUAUAGAGUCAUACUGCUAGAAUUAUAGUUCACUUAUGCUCCAAGAGAGUAUUCCCAUUCACCUAAUCUCAGUUGCCCUUGAGGACAGAGUUCACAUGGAGCCAUCCUGAUGUUGAAAUGACUAUGUUGAGUAUCCAUGGUAGGGAGGUCACACAAAUGCAUUCUUGGGUUAAUGUAUGGAUGUAUUUGUAUGAUUUCCACUCUCACCAAUUCAUGGAUAUACUUUUGAAUAUGGAAAAGGGGUAGGGAAAAGAAGAAAUAAUGUGUGCAUCUUUUAGUAGGGACCAUAUAAGAAAUAAAGAAAUAAGAGAAAAUAAAGCCAACAUCCCUGAUUAGAUUUUGGUAUAAAUGUUAGUUAACUAUUGUGAAAUCUUGGGUUUGUUUUUUUAAUAGAUUAAGGAUAGUAGUUAGUAACAUGUAGGUGACGCCUAAUGAUGUAGCAGCAAUGUCUCCAGGUUCUGCCCUUGCAAGCUUUACCUAUACGGCACAGGAUGGCAGAGUUACAACUGCUGCGCCUUAUUUGAAUCUGCUUGGGAAAGCGUGAAGAGCAGUGUUAGGUACAUGCAACACCAUGCUUUCAGUUGCUCCAUGGGCCACUAGAGCACCUGGGUGGGGAGCAGGGGAGAAUACCUGGAAAUAGGAAAUCUACUGCUAUGCUUUUCCCAGUUUAUGUAAGCCCAACACUGAUUAGAAACUCUUAUUCUAACCCCAACCCUUCUCGAUGGUAAAAGACCAGAACUCUCCCCCUGGUUACUUUCAUAUGUAUGUGUAGAGCAAGAGUUCUGAAAACUGCUUUGGGACUUCAGAGUAACAGGUUGAUAAUGAUGUCCAGGGACCCGCUUGCUCCCAGGAGGUCUUAUGCUUUUUGGUGUCCUUUUGUCUUGCGGUUUAGAGAUAGGCUAAUAGCAAAGACAUGUGGAGGUUCGCCAAAUAAAGCCCCUGAGAAGGUUUUGCGGUAGUUGAAAGGUUACAGUUUACGGGGCUUGUAUAAGAUUGUGCCUGGAUAAUGCAAUAGUUGUCUGACCAGACAGGCCAUAUAGUUAACCUUUGUACCCUCUUGCGUUUAUCCAUAUGGUAUGCCCAAACAACAAGGACUCAUAGAAGUAUUCAUGAUGUUUGGCUCAUAACCAUUAAGCUUCCAUCCCUUGGAGCCUUGCUAUGAGCCUGACUAUCUUUGGAAAGAGUUUGUAUUUCGGCUGGCUUCUGACUAGGUUAGAAUCAAAUUCCAAUUUGUUAUUUCAUUAUAAUUAUUACUAACAGAAUUAUUGCUACCAGACAGAACGGCAAUUCAAAAUUAAACCCCUUUGAUUUUCAGUUGUGUGCAACUUUUAGUAUGUGCUUCUUUUGUUGGUUUUUUUCUUUUUCUUUUCUCACUUUUUACUGGUUUGGAGUUUGUAAAUAAUCUGUAGAACACAGUGUCUAUUUCCAGUUAUAAUUUUAUUGGUGUCAUUGAAUGUUGAGCCAUAGGACAUAACCUUUGAAAACUGUCAUUCUCUGCAGUUAGGACAAAGCAUUCCUCUAAUGUGGUCAAUGUUCUACACAUCCUUUUAAAAUGUUUUAGCCCUAUGUAGCAUCUUGCCUGAAUAGGAAGCCUGAAAACUUUUUGUAAACAAUAAACUUUAAAAAAUGUUGUAUUAUGUUGUAAAUUAGUAUUAAGAUUUCUGUAUGUUUUGGCAUCUAAUGCUGAAAUCAUUUGUUUUCCUAUCUUCAAAGGGUUUUAUCUUUGUGAGCUGAGCAUGAAAGAACACAACAAAACAUAUGAAACAAUGGUUACUCUGUAAACAUUUUUCUUCAGAACUUGGUGAAUUGGUGUGGCGGGCCCCUACAGCCAUGACUUCAACCAAAGCAGCAUGGUCUUGGCUGUGGUGCUUCUGUGAAUCGGAUGAUUUGCCACUUGUGUGUGUGUGUGUUUUUUCCACAUGAGACCUAAAUGGCAAAGUUUUAUGCAUUGGGUGUCAUCUUAUGUAUCAAAUUUGUUUCCUGGGAAACUUGCUCUAUUAAAGUAUUUUUAGACAAAA